AUGACGAGGGCUGUGGAUGUGGUGUACGUACACUGGGCUCGGCUGUGGUCUGGUCUACUAGCCACCAAUCAGACGACCGUACUAACACCGGAUCAGCAGCUCAUGCAGCAGCAGCUUAUGCAACAGCAGCAGCAGGUUGCAAACAAUCGUGUCUAUAUUGGAAAUGUACCCUUCGGAUUCUCGUCUGAGGACUUAAAGAAAAUAUUUGUGGUUUUCGGCCCAAUAAUGAGCUGCCAGCUGCUACCGUCACAAGAGAAUCCACAGCAACAUCGCGGAUACGGCUUCAUCGAAUACGCCACGCCGGAGGCUGCAAAACUGGCUAUCGAGACGAUGAAUGGCUUCGAAGUUGCAGGGAAGCAGCUGAAAGUGAACUUCGCGACAGCGAUGAGGAAUUCGCCUGCAGCAGCAGCAGCAUCAGCAGCAAAUGUCGCUGCUGCAGCUAUGGGUCUACCAGGUGCUGCUGCUGCAGCAAAUCCUGCUGCAGCCGAGCAGCAGCAGGAGCAGCAGCAAUCCCUGGUGCGGCUUUAA